UCACCACCUCUUCAUCCGAAACCUACUCACAUUCGCCAAUUACCUUUUCCCCUCAGUUAUCCUCUUUUUCCUAUAAUUUUUUAUUUUUCUCUCCACACAAUCAACAACAUCAUGCUUGUCUACCAGGAUCUUCUCACCGGUGAUGAACUUCUGUCAGACUCUUUCCCCUAUAAGGAAAUUGAGAAUGGCUUACUCUGGGAAGUCGAAGGAAAGUGGGUUGUCCAAGGAGCUGUGGAUGUAGAUAUUGGUGCUAACCCUUCUGCUGAGGGUGGUGGCGAGGAUGAAGGUGUUGAUGAUCAAGCUGUUAAGGUCGUCGAUAUUGUUGACACUUUCAGAUUACAGGAACAACCUGCUUUUGAUAAGAAACAGUUUGUUACUUUUAUGAAGAGAUAUAUCAAAUUGCUUACACCUAAAUUAGAGGCAGAGAAGCAAGAGAUUUUCAAGAAACACGUUGAAGGAGCAACUAAGUUUCUGCUACCAAAACUCAAGGACCUUCAAUUUUUUGUUGGUGAAAGCAUGCAUGAUGAUGGAAGUUUGGUUUUUGCUUAUUACAAAGAUGGCGCCACUGAUCCAACUUUUAUCUACUUUGCCUAUGGAUUGAAGGAAAUCAAGUGUUAGAUUAACCACAUCACCAUUUAGUUUAUAUUAUGAUUUUGGGUUUUUUUUUGUUUUCAAUAGACUAUUGAGUUUUAAUGAGUUUAGUAUGUUUUAAUGAGUUUAUUGUUUCAAAUAUAAAAUUCUUAUAUUGUUUCUCAUAAUGAUAAUUUAGUACUA